ACAAUUGAAACAUCUUUGAACUUUAUUUCUGACAGUUAUCAAAAUACAUAUUAGUUUUAAUCGCUAAACAGUUAUAAUACUGGCCUUAUUUACAUAACAAACUUUCGAUUGCGAUAAUACCACGUCCAUCAACAGAAGUCUGUUGACGGGCGCAAGGUAUUCCCUUUCGAUAGUUCAGGAAUGGUAAUGGAUGCCAGUGGGGGAAUAAGUGAUGGCUGAAGUAUUGUUUUUCAAUUAGCUGUAUGAAAAUAUCUUCGGUACCCAGUGUUAUGGGAAUUCAGAAACUGUAAAUGUCAUUACUUUCAGUUUCUGCAGUGUCAAAUAGUAUCAUUGUGCCAGGUUUGUAGUUAAUGCCUAAAGCACGCUUUCAAGCGUUGGAAGGUUUAGUUCCAUGAAGUCUUAGGUACAGUUGUACAGUGAACGCACAGGUGGCAUUUUAGUAUAAUUAGGCUGACGUGAUUUGAAAAUUCUUUUGCAAUGGAAGCAUUAGCAAAACAUGAUUUCAAUGCCACUGCAGACGACGAACUGAGCUUUCGAAAAGGACAAGUCUUGAAGAUCUUAAAUAUGGAAGAUGACAUGAACUGGUACCGAGCUGAACUAGAUGGCAGGGAAGGAUUAAUACCAAGUAAUUACAUAGAAAUGAAAACUCAUGACUGGUAUUAUGGAAGAAUAACAAGAGCAGAUGCUGAGAAGCUUUUACUAAACAAGCAUGAAGGAGCAUUCCUCAUUCGUGUUAGUGAAAGUUCUCCAGGAGAUUUCUCUCUUUCAGUGAAGUGUUCGGAUGGGGUUCAGCAUUUUAAGGUACUACGUGAUGCUCAAGGGAAAUUUUUCCUUUGGGUAGUUAAAUUCAACAGUUUGAAUGAGCUGGUGGAAUACCAUAGAACUGCUUCUGUUUCGAGAUCUCAAGAGGUGAAGCUCAGAGACAUGGUUCCAGAAGAGUGCCUGGUGCAAGCAUUGUAUGACUUCACCCCACAAGAACCAGGAGAACUGGAAUUUCGUAGAGGUGAUGUAAUAACUGUGACGGACCGUACAGACCAGCAUUGGUGGCAUGGAGAAAUUGGAGCACGUAGAGGCCUAUUCCCAGCUACUUACGUUGCUCCAUACCAUUCAUAGCUGAUUUUAUACAUACGUCUAGCCUACAGGCUAUAACUCUCCUUAUAGGAAAGUCAUAUGAACAUUGUAAGUUGUGUGGAAGAUGUAAACUUGCAUUAUUAUUAAUUUUAUUUUAUUUUCAUAAGCUUUAUGUUGUCAUUCUAAUUUCUGUCAUAAUUUUAUAUGGAUUGUUAAAUAUUCAUAAAACCAUGUGAUUCCUAAAUAUACAUUAUCUCUGAAGUGGCCUUUGUAGUUGUCUGAAAGUGAGCUUUUUAAUCAUUGAACUAAUCAUCAGAAAUAUUCUUAAUUUUCACAAUCCAGAAAUGUUCCUUGGCUGUUUUACAUGAUUAGGCACAAGAAACAUACAUACCGUGCUGCAUUCUGCAUUCCUUAAAUUUUAAAAUGCUGCCCUUAUAUUACGACAUUGAAAAACUGUCAUGAAUCUUGUAAAUUUCUGCCAGUUUUAUUAAAGUAUUUUGUAUAUUUUUCCCAGACCUAUUGUAUUUGUACUGGAGUACUCUGUCCAAAUAUUUAGGACGUUAUUAAUAUAAAUUUUAGUCUACGCGUGUAUGUGUGUGUGCGUACUUUUGUAUAUAAUUCCCUUCUGGACAGUAAACAUUGAACGAUCAUGUAAACUUGUUGUUGAUAUCAGUGAUACUGUAAGUGAACAGAUGGCCUUAAUUGUAAGUGCUUGUGUGUGUGUGUGUGUGUGUGUGUGUGUGUGUGUGUGUGCACGCGCGCGUGUGCGCGCGUGUGUGCGUAAGAGAGGCAGAAUAAGGUGUUAAUUGACAUCUACAUAACUUCUGUUAUAGACUGAUAAAUGAUAAAAUUGUGAAAGUGCAUGUUGUACACAUGUCAUCCAAUUGAGGCUAAGCCCAGUUCAAGUACUGUAUCAGUGAAAGCAGAUUGUAAUGCUGUAUGUUUAAGGCAGUCUCCCGUGUGAAUAUUUUAUUUUUCUCUCUUUAAUGACAUCCUUUUUACUCUAGUGGCAGGUGGUUGUGUUUUAAAGAUUGCAGGUUUUGUUGUGUUAGCAUGUGCUAGUAACUUGAGAACCUUAUGUUGUUUUAAUGUUUUAAUUACUUUUGCAUAGUAUUCCAAUUGGUAAAGUGACAAUUUACUUUUUAAAGGAAAGUUAAAUGUGUGUGGAAUAUUUUAUGUUAUAUAAGUGACUGCAAUGCGAAGGACACAUCACUAUGCAGUAUACAUACUUCUCACCAUGCAGUAUACAUACUUCAUAUUGCCCUAUAGAUUUUAACAUCAUACAGUUUUUUUAGCAACCCAGCCCUAAAGCUCUUUUUUGUUUUCAGGUAACUUGCCUGUAUCCCCAAUUUGAAGCAGUAGUUUAUUGUAUCUUUUGUACACAGGAUUUAAUAUGCAGUUCUCCACCAACUUUCCUACACUCAUUUAAAUUACUGAAGUUCUUGAUAA